AUGAUUCGUUCAUCAAAUUUAUCUGAUGAGGCAAUAUUAGAACUCAUUAAUAAUGGUAACACGUCAGAAUGUGAAAUUGACUUUGAUGUAAGUGGAGAUGAAGAUUAUGGUAUACCAGAUCCACUAGGAGUACAUAAUGAUAUUUCAAUGGAUAUUAACGAACUUCUAGAGGAAAACGAUAAGUAUUUUAGUCAGUUUUCAAAUUCUAAUAUCAAUAUUGAGGAUUUAGUAGUUGAAUUAAAUACCGAGAGUUCAAAUAUGUUCAUGUCGACUUUAGGUUACCCACGAAUGCGUAUGUAUUGGCAAAAAAGAACAAGAGUACCUACAGUUAGUAAUUCUAUAUCUAGAGAUCGCUUUUUAGUAAUUCGAAAAUUUUUAAAAGUAGUGAACGAUGAUGAUAUUUCAAACGAAAAAAAAAGAGAUGCAUUUUGGAAAGUUCGUCCGUUCAUAGAGAGUGUUAGAAGUGGUUGUUUAAGAUUAGUACGAGAUGUAGAAUUAUGUAUUGACGAACAAAUGAUUCCUUUCACUGGUAAUGUUAAAAUGAAACAGUUUGUUCGCGGAAAACCAAACCCAACUGGACUUAAAAAUUUUGUUUUAGCAAAUAAAAACGGAUUAGUGUUGGAUUUUUGUAUUUACCAAGGAAAAGGAACGACAUUUGAAACAAACAGUGAAUACCUUCUUACUAUUGGAGAAUCUGCUGUCGUUCAUUUAUCCCAAACUGUUCCACCGGGAUCAUGUUUAUAUUUUGAUAGAUUUUUUACAACUCAAAAACUUUUGGACAUUUUGAAACAAAAGAAAAUUGUUUGUACGGGAACAGUUAUGAAAAACAACAUACCUAAAAAUAUUGAUAUAUUAUCGGAUAAAAUUCUAAUGAAAAAACCUCGAGGUACUUCUGUACAAUACGUCCGAGAAGACAAAAAACUAUGUUUAGUUAAAUGGUUUGAUAAUAAACCCAUUCAUUUACUUUCUACUGAAAAUGGCAGUACUCCACAUAGUAAAUGCAAACGUUGGGAUAAUAAAAAUAAAAAAAGAAUUGAAGUUCCUAUUCCUCAAAUUAUUAAAAACUAUAAUGAUUAUAUGGGUGGUGUCGAUCUUUGCGAUCGUAUGAUAUCAUUUUAUCGUAUGAAAACAAGAACUAACAAAUGGACCAUACGAGCAAUUUUUCAUUUAAUCGAUUUAGCUGUUGUUAACAGCUGGAUAAUGUACAAACAAGACCAAAUAAGAAAGGAAGUUCCAGUUAAAAAAAUACAUCAACUAUUAGAUUUUAAAAUUCAACUAUCAAGUGAACUAUUGGAGUAUGAUGAAAAUAGUAUUGAUUAUCAAAAAUAUUCUGGAAGGCAUAAUUCAUUACCGUCAAAAGAGAAAAGACAUAAAGGUUAA